CGUUAUUUUACCUUCUUUUCAUCGAAGCUGAAGAAAAGUAUAAUCUGCUAGGAGUGCGAGGUGGCUUCAGAGGGAGAGGGAGAAAACGAAUAGAUGUCUCUGGUAGACUACGCUUCUUCGUCAGACGACGACGUGUCGGAAGAUAGAGAAGAAAAAGUAGUAUCAGAAGCAGAAACAGCACCAGCAGAAAAACCCCAAAACGAACCACAACUCCCAAAUUCAUUUCCUACAAUCCCGCCUAAUAACCAGAGACCCUCUGAAUCAAUCUCAAGUCCAAACCCUUCACCAUCUUGUAUCGAGAAGCUUCCUGAUGCUUCCCUUCUACUAAAUUCACCAUCAGUUUCAUUUUCCAUUGGAACUGGAACUGACCAUGCAUCUCGAGUUGCAGUUGCUAUGGCUGAAAGUGAAUCACGCAAAAGAGCCCAUGGAUUGCCUUCCACUUUACCCCGCUCCAAAGUACCAAAAGGGUCGUUGCCACAUACAAAGAUGCAUCCAGAUACGGUUGGUGGCAUACUAGUUCCACCUCAAUUAAGUGGAAGGAGUGUGCAGUUCUCAUUCUGAUUCCAGUUCGACAUCUACCUAAGAACCAGAACUGAAUUGAAAUUUGGAGCAAUAUUGUGACAGAAGAUAUUGGGAAGCUGUUUGUAAAGAGACAAGCUGAGCCCUCUUCUCAAUAGUAUGCCUCUUACGUUUGUUGUAGUUUUACGUAAUGUGACAUUUUGUAGCCUUAACACAUCUCUGUCUCAAAUUCCACUGUGCCUUAAUUAUAUGAAAAUUUUUGUUAAAUA